CUCCUCCUCCUCCUGGUCUGCCCUCCCAUCCUGACGGCAGGGACAUGGAUAAUCUAAGCGACGCCUUGAAGAAGCUGAAGAUAACAGCUGUUGACAGCACAGCUGAUAGCUUGGAAGGGUGCUUGGACUGUCUGCUUCAAGCCCUGGCUCAAAACAAUACAGAGACAAGUGAAAAAAUCCAGAAAAGUGGGAUCCUUCAGGUGUUUGCAAGUCUGUUGACCCCGCAGUCUUCCUGCACUGCAAAAGUAGCUAACGUCAUAGCAGAAGUAGCCAAAAAUGAAUUUAUGCGGAAUACAUGUGUGGAAGCUGGCUUGAUCCCACCUCUGGUACAGCUCUUAAAUUGCAAAGAUCAGGAAGUGCUUCUUCAAACAGGACGUGCCUUGGGCAACAUAUGCUACGACAGCCAUGAGGGCAGAAGCGCAGUUGACCAUGCAGGUGGGGCACAGAUUGUAAUAGACCAUUUAAAGUCACUGUGCAGUAAAACAGAUCCAGCCAGUGAGAAGCUCUUGACUGUCUUUUGUGGCAUGCUGAUGAACUAUAGCAAUGAGAAUGAUACCCUACAAUCUCAGCUCAUCAACAUGGGUGUUAUCCCUACGUUAGUGAAAUUGUUGGGCAUUCAUUGCCAAAAUGCGGCUCUGACUGAAAUGUGCCUUGUUGCAUUUGGCAAUUUAGCAGAACUUGAAUCAAGCAAAGAGCAGUUCGCCUACACAAACAUUGCUGAAGAGCUUGUGAAACUGUUCAAGAAGCAGAUAGAACAUGACAAGAAAGAGAUGAUUUUUGAAGUUUUGGCUCCUUUAGCGGAAAAUGAUAUCAUUAAACUGCAGUUAGUCGAAGCAGGACUUGUAGAAUGUCUACUUGAGAUAGUCCAAAAGACUGUGGACAGUGACAAAGAGGAUGACAUUGCGGAACUUAAAACUGCCUCUGAUCUUAUGGUUCUACUACUGCUAGGAGACGAAUCAAUGCAAAAAUUAUUUGAAGGCGGGAAAGGCAGCGUGUUCCAAAGAGUCCUUUUAUGGAUCCCCUCUAAUAACCACCAGCUACAGCUUGCUGGAGCAUUGGCAAUUGCAAAUUUUGCUAGAAACGAUGGCAACUGUAUCCAUAUGGUGGAUAAUGGCAUUGUUCAGAAGCUGAUGGACUUACUGGACAGGCAUGUGGAAGAUGGAAAUGUCACUGUGCAACACGCGGCACUGAGCGCGCUCCGAAAUCUUGCUAUUCCUGUUGUAAAUAAGGCGAAGAUGCUGUCGGCUGGUGUUGCGGAAGCUGUGUUGAAAUUUCUCAGAUCUGAGAUGCCCCCUGUUCAAUUCAAACUGCUCGGGACGUUAAGAAUGUUAAUAGAUGCACAAGCAGAAGCGGCUGAGCAGCUGGGGAAGAAUGUAAAGUUGGUUGAAAGGCUGGUGGAGUGGUGCGAAGCCAAGGAUCACGCAGGUGUGAUGGGAGAGUCCAACAGACUAUUGUCUGCUCUUAUACGACACAGCAAAUCAAAAGAUGUAAUUAGGACCAUUGUUCAGAGUGGCGGCAUUAAGCACUUAGUUACCAUGGCAACUAGCGAACACGUAAUAAUGCAGAACGAAGCUCUUGUCGCUUUGGCGCUAAUAGCAGCUUUAGAAUUAGCCACAGCAGAAAAGGAUCUCGAGAGUGCUCAGCUAGUGCAGAUUCUACACAGGCUGCUGUCAGAUGAGAGGAGUGCGCCAGAAAUAAAGUACAAUUCCAUGGUGCUGAUCUGCGCCCUUAUGGGAUCCGAACUCCUUCACAAGGAAGUGCAGAGCCUGGCCUUUCUAGACGUCGUAUCAAAACUCCGCAGCCACGAGAACAAAACGGUCGCCCAGCAGGCUUCCCUCACAGAGCAGAGACUCGCCGUGGAAAGCUGAGGAAGGGUGCCCCUCCAAUUCCACAUCGUAUCUCAUCACGGAUUUCACCUGCGUCCCGUCCAGCUGCUGCCCCUGCUUUGUUUCCCCCCACACACCCCAACUGUGUC